AUGGCAACCACUUCCAACAAGAAAGCCGCCGAGGCCGAGGCCCCAAAGCCAGACGUGUCGAACCAGGAGAACGUGACUGCUCGGUCCAACUCGACAAAAUCUGCCAACAAAUCACAAGUCCGCCAUCGUGCCUCAGUGGCGUGCGCUUCAUGCCGUGACCGCCGCAUCCGUUGCGUCGUUCCCAAGGGUGAAAAUGAGUGUACGCAAUGUAAGCGGACAGGCACAGAAUGCAUCAUCAAGAACGAUGAUGAACGCAGGCGACCAAUUUCCAAGGCGUACAUGUCAUCACUUUCAGAUCGCAUCAACAUGCUCGAAGGAAUGCUCCUUGACAAAGGCGUAGUUCCACCUCCGCCCCGGCAUCCGCCCAAGACCAGGCAUGGUUCGCAAACAAAGACGGAGGAUGUGCAAGACAACGUUGAAGGAUCUCCAGAGCCCGAGCACAAACAAGCAAAUGGACUGCGACAGUCUCCAAUUGGCGAGGUGCCGUCACCUCCCGACUCAGCAAGUGACGACUACGUCAUGCAUGACAGCCCUGGAUGGCCCGAAGGUGCCAAUGUGGCCGUUACAGACUUCCAGCCUCUGCCCAAAGAGCAAUCGCCAUUCCGCAAUCUGGACCCCAAGCAGGAAGAUAUCGUGCAUCGCCUUUUGUCUACCAAGGGCAACUUAUCAUUCGAUCAGUUGUCCGGGCGUCUGCGGUUCUUCGGUCCCACAGCCAACAGCCAUGUGUACGCCGACUCGGCAGACAAGUACGAUGCACGCGAACCUGCCGAACAGGUGCGGCGAGCUCAAAGAAUCAUUCGCUCGCUGUCUUCUGAUACCUACAAUUACCUGAUGGACACCUUUUGGGAGUACUACAACAGCGUCCUGCACGUGAUUGACCAAGAGGCAUUUGAGGGCGAUCGCGACUCGCAGAACCCUAAAUUCUACUCGUCCUUCUUACACAUCACGGUUCUCGCCAUGGGCUACUUCUACUCGGACAAGACACGAGACGACAUGAAGCGGAUUACCCUCGGCAGCCGCGAGAGCACAUUACACCGCGAAGCAAAGUACAUGCUCGACACAGAGCUUGAGAAGCCCGGCGGCAUUUCCAGCGUACAGGCCUUGCUUAUCCUCGGUGAUCUUGAGUGCGGUUUGGGACGUGACAACACCGGGUGGAUGUAUGCGGGGAUGUCCAAUCGACUGGCAUUUGACGUCGGCCUUCACCUGGAUUGCAGCAACAAUGGACUCCCAGAGAGGGAUGUCCGAAUCAGACAAAUGGUCAUGCGAUCGUGCAUCCUGUAUGACAAGUAUUGGGCACUGUUUCUUGGAAGGCCCACGAGUAUCAAGAGCCAAGACAUCGGCAUGGAUCUGCUAGCACAGCGCUUCACCGAGCUCAUGUCACCAAAGUCGGCCAAGUCAUUGAAGCCAGCAUCGUUGGCGGACCAGAGACUCGAGAUAUACGAGCAACUGUACGAACUCAUGGAGCUUGCCGGUCGCAUCGUCGAGAUUCGCGACAUCAAGAGCAAGCGCCGAGUUGGAGACCAUGAUGUCUUCUCAACAGGAGAGGUCGAAGACAACGCUUACCUUCACGUGGUUAACCUUGACCGACAACUCCAAAACUGGUACAGACGGCUGCCUGAUCAUCUGACAUGGAAGCCGACAAACAUCAAGACUGCAGAGUUUCCCUUCUUCCUCCUGCAUCAACAAUACCAUGUCACCAUGAUCUUACUGCACCGCCCUUGGGCAAAAUACACCACCAUUGGGAGUGCUGGCACAGGGACCAGUUCGCAGCCUAGCCCUGGUAGCGUCAUCUCGUCGCCAGUUCGAGGGCAUCAUGAUCAACUCUCCACAGCCAACAAUGGACAAGCUCUGGGCCUCGGUGACCCAAACAGUCUUGUGCACGACAGCCGCACCUCCUUGUCGAGGAGCAUAUGCACACAGCAAGCCAUUCGGGUUGCCCGGAUCUUCUGGCAGCACCGUCAGCGCUUCGAGGGCAAGCGCAUGUUUGUGACCGGAAUCCAGCAUGCGGGAACCGCCUCCAUCGCGUUGAUUGCUGCGUUGGCGUACCAGCAGAGUGAAGCAGAACGGCGCAGCUACAUGAGCUACCUCGAGAUCCUGUCGCAGGCAAUCAAUGACAUGAGUGAGACGUAUCAGCCUGCCGAGCGGAUGGACAGUCUGCUCGAGGCCGUACUGACCCAGGUCCGCGGCGACGCCCCUGAGAAUUGGCAUCUGCGCACAAACUCAUUUGCAGGAAGCGUGGCCGCUCACUCUGGCAGCCCAUGGCCCGACAACAGCGCCUACUCUAUGCUGCCGGUGCGCAGGGAGCACCCAGAUGCAGAAUAUGCAGGGGUCAAUAAGAAGCGCCUGCGUCCUGGACCGAGCCGUCGCGCCUCAGAGAUCCCACGGCCCCGGCCGACUUUCGGCACGGCAUCGUCUGCGGCAAAUCAGCUGCCCUCCUCGUCGCACUUGUUGUCCAACAGUGGCCAGCAGCACGCGUCCCAAUCCUUGUCCGGCUUCUUCCCGACAUUUGGAGAGUCCACGCCGUUCUUCGACACGAUGAACGGGUCCGCGAUUGACAUAGAUCACAACGACGAUGUCCCGACCACCCGUAGUGUAGCUGCUGACGACUAUGUCCUUGUACCGCCACCAGCCGACGACUGGUCCACGAUGAACGGUCUAGCCGGCGAUGAUCCCGCUGGCCACGGGACAAGUUGUCAUGACUUUGGCUUCCAGAUGUCUGACUUUGUCUCCAGUGGUGCUCCAGGCAUGUCCGCGUCAACUCCGUCCCUACAUGAUCCUCGUCUGACCGGCAGCGUGCUGAGUGGUCUCGGCGCGAGCAGCAGCCAUCUUCACCACCUACAUUCUGACAAUCACGCUGGUGGAACGCUGAGCGGUGACGAGCACAAAGCAAUAGGCGAAUCGGCCAUGGAAUGGAUCAACAACGAAGGCACGGGGCUGAACUCGGUAAUGGGGAUCGAGAAUAAUGAUAUCCAGGAUGCGAGUGAUGGGCGCAGUAGCCGGCUCGGGGCCAACUCAAGUGCAGGCACUCGCAACCACGAGCUAGACUUUUUCAGUUUCUGAUUGUUGCUCAGCGAAGUCGGCUUGAUGUUUGAAAGGCUGCAAAGAUUUCGGAUUAUGGGAGAUGAUGAUGUGAUUCGAAGUCUCUCUGCUCGUAUAUUUGCUUGGUUAGCGUCUGGAUUGGAGAUUGGUUGUGCAAAGUGUUUGGGCGAAAAGUUACCCUUCGAGGUCAUUAUUUGAUAUCCCAGGAAUGGUUGCGCUCAGGUCGAAUUUUUGUAAGGACUCUUCAUGGCCCGGAAUGUAGAGCAUGUGAUUGAAGCAGGGUAAUAGUUAUGAAAAGCCAAGUUUCGACUGUCCGCGAGAAAUACC